GCUGAGCGCACAACAACACCACCACGCCACACAACACCCCCCACUUUCCUUUCCCUUCCUGCCAACCACAGCAGCUGCAGCGCGCAAACCAAAGCCGACACUGCUCUGAUUGACCUGAUCUGACCUGAGCAUAAGGAAGACGACGACGGCUCGUGUGUGAUCUCUGUGAAGCGUUUUGGUUUGAGCUACCCUCCCUCCCUGUUGCUGGAUCGAGAGCAUUAACACAUCAACACAACCUGCAUCAUGUCGAGAAGUGGACGUGGGGAAGACAAUCUGGACGAUUUCGACGAGGAUGCAGUGCGCAUCGGCGUCGUUCGCGAAACCAUGCUCACCAACCCACUGCUUGUCAAGGCGCCCCUGGGCAAGCCCAAGAUGACUACGCGCAACCCCAACGAAGUGUACGGCGUCAAGUCAAAGAAGGAGGACGGUGGCACAGCAGCCAUCUUUCACGAGCGCCUGAGCACUCCUCUGGAGAGCGAGGCAGCACGACGCGCCAAGGAGCGCAACCCGCUCCUCUUCAAGUCGGACGUUGGUAAGGCGCGCAAGCCGCUGUCUGAGGGUGUGGAGGAUAUGGUGCACGGCAGCAAGACCGUCAAGGACGCCGGCGUCUCCGAAACCAUUUCAAAGUGGUGGGAGUCCGACAAGAAGUCGCAACGCAGGCGCGAGCCUGAAGUCGGCCGGGCCAAGCCGCCCCUGUCUGCCAGCACCGCUGAUAAAGUGCACGGUCUCAAGCACAAGCACGAGGAUGGGGGUGCAGGGCAGGUGCUGUCGUCGUGGGUGGCCACAGACUCUCCCCGCCGCCAGACAACAAACCCGCUCCUCAUCAAGGCGGACGUUGGCGCUGCGAAACACACGCUGGACGCCGGCAUCAAGGAGCGCGUGCACGGGAAGAAGAGCACAGACCCGAAGAUCGAGGGCGGCGUCGUUGGUGCGAUGAGCAACUGGAACCGGCCGGACACGCACGACGCCAACGCGCGCUUCAACCAGUCGUCAAAGCUCUAUCGCGCCGAGCUCGGCCGUGCGCGACCGCCGGUGUCAUCACGUGCGGAUACCGUUGUCCACGGAAAGACAAAUCCCCGCGACGUGCCCGGCGCAAAGGAUGCACUGUCGAACUGGAACCCGAACACGCCGUCACACCCGCGCCGCCACCAGGCGGAGGUGCCCAAGGACGUCGCGUUUGGGAAGCCCUCACAGAAGAGCGAGGGCCUGUCUGAUCUGAUUCGCCACAACUACGGCAAGAAGUGGCUCAAGGACCAACUUGCCAAGCAGACCCAGUCCCUCCACAUCGACACCGCCCAGCAGUCCUGAGUCAGAUGUGUCUGUCCCUUUGCUCACGUAUAUCGUGCUCGUAGCCCGUGUGUGCGUGCACGUGCGUAUGUGUUUGUGUGUGUGUUUUGUGUCAGGGCUUGAUGUGUGCCAUUUCACGCCACAAGACAGUGGUUAUGCUUGUGUGUGUGUGUGUGUGUUUUCUUUCUCUGUCUCUCUUUUGGUCGCUUAUAUACCCGAGCACCACCUGCUCGCUGAACCACAAGUACAAUGCGGUGGUGACUUUGUGUAUUGCCUUCCUUCGGUCCUCCCCUUUUCCUCCUUGCUUGCUUCACUCUUCGUGUAUGCUUGGUUGAUUGACCGUUGUGUGUGCAUGUGCAUGUGUGUGUUCCGCUGUAGCACUGUGCUGUAGUGUUCUGUGCGUUGCUGCGUUGCUUCAUUGUUUCAUUACUGCAUUCCUUCCUUACUCCCUCUUCCUUUCUUUGCCUCCUCGUGUUAAGCAAUCACUGCAACACAAACCGCUUGAGGCACUGCCCAUCGCGCGCACAGGCCAGCAAACCAUACACUACACAAGCAUUCAG